AUGAGGAGUACACAGCGGAGUGAAAGUAUGCACGCAUUUUACGGGGGGUUUCUGCAUUGCAAGAGUGGGUUGGUUCGGUUCGUCUAUAAAUAUGACAAUGUACUUGGAAACAAGGAGCAGAAGGAGCUGGAAGAUGAUAUUGCAAACUCGAAAGGAGUCACUCCAUGUAUAGGGAACACAGGCAUUGAGAGACAAUUUCAGCGGGAAUACACCAGUAAUAUGUUUAGGAUCCUUCAGCUGGAGGUAAGAAAAAAAAUCGAUUGCGUAAUUCGAUCAACUGAACAACAGGGUGACACAAUUUAUGUUAAAGUGAACGAGCAGAAGGUUUUUUGGGAGAAGGCUUUCUACCAUACUUUCAUAGUAAAGUUUGACCCACUAAGUCAAAAGGUUCGGUGCGAGUGCAACAAGUUUGAAUCCACUGGUAUAUUCUGUUACCAUACCCUUGCUGUGUGGUCAUACUACAGAGUUGACACAGUAUCUAGCUGCUAUGUUCUUCCUCGGUGGAGUAAGAACGUCAUCCGCAAGCACACCUACAUUAAGAGUAGCCAUAAUGAGUUUGUUGGUUGUGAUGAGGAAGCAGCCAUCUUGCGAUCUGCCAUUUGGGACGCGAAGUCCAAGCUGACUGAUUACCGUGCCAGCAUGCGUUCCACCACUUCUGCUGCGACUCAGAAUACCAUGCCCACACAGAGCACAGGCGGUGUUGUUGUACAUGACAUACAGGGACCCUCAAGAGUUAAAACUAAAGGACGGCUGAAGAGUAAGAGACUUGGAGCAGAGUUGGACAAGUCAAUUAAGAAACCAAUGCAAAAAAGGAAGAGGAAAUCCCAUCCGAUAUGUGGUAGAAGUGAGGAUGUUGUUGACCUUCAGACAGAUAAUGAUCAUGAUGGUUGUGUAAAUAAAAGAUUUGAGGAUUCUACUACUUGA